AUGUCCCAUGAAUGGCGCAUGCAUGCAGACAAAAGUCCGCUCUUCGCAGAGUACUUGCUCCUUGCGGAGGAGGCAGGCUGGGAUGAGGUGGUGAGCACAGAGGACCUGGACAUCGGCCGUGGGGACAUCCUGAUUGUCGAGGACAUGCAGAAUGACUUCGUCGAGAUCGAUCAGCUGAAUCCGCAAGGAGGUGCCUUCGCAGUGGCAGAGGGGAGUACCAUCUGUCCUCAGAUUGUUCGGCUCGUUGAACAUUUUGCAACCUGUGGUGGGGAGGUCGUUCUCACGAGAUCUUACCACCCGAAGCAGCAUUGCUCCUUCAUACGACAGCAGGGCCCUUUUCCUCCCCAUUGUGUGCAGGGCACAGUUGGCUCCUUUUUCUAUGAGCCGAUAGCUGCCUGCAUACAGAAGUUAUACAGCGGGGACGCUCCGUACAAGGACCAGGUGAAGAUUGCCUUCAAAGGCUUUCAUGAGGAUGUGGACUCCCUUGGCUCCUUUGAGUAUCCAGAUGAGCAGAGCUCGUGGGAGCGAAUCUCCCAUGCGGCUGAGCCCAACGAGAGGAUGCUGCAUGGUUAUCCACUCGCGUCAUGGACUGGAGCAGUUCUGCUUGACAGCUCAAAUCAGGCCACCGACGUCAAUGCGCCUCCGGACAUCAUGUCCGUACUAAGACGUGAAUCUCUGAAAUCUUGGCUUAGGCACCGUGGGACGAACCGCAUCUUUGUAUGUGGGUUGUCAAUGGAUCUAUGUGUGCUCGAUACUGCUAUCAAUGCAGUCAGCGCCGGGUUUCGGCAUAUUCACAUGGUCAUGGAUGCUUCCCGAGCAGCUCACCUCCCCAGCAUGGGAAAGUUCGGCACCGGCUUCUUGACCGACCCAGCGUCGAUCCAGCAGAAGCUGAAGGCCGCGGGCGUGACUGUCGUUCCCACGGCUGCGCUUCUGCCAGGCUUCGUUCCAUACAACCCGGUCGGAGAGAAGGAGAUGCUCAAGUACGGUUUUCCAAAGACGCUCGGGCCAUUCGCCUUGGUCCGCUGCCGAAAACUUGCUCUCUUUGUCGACCGGGAAAAGAGAACUUACAAGGCCAAAGCUCCGCUGGAAGAGAUCCGCCAGUUGGAAGCCAACGGCAUGUCUGCCUCAGGUACGAUUGCCACACCAUCACCUAUGACCUUGUCUGACGAGGUUAAGAAGAUGCUGGGCAUCCCUGUAGAGGCCGUGCAGUUCUGCUGGGCCUAUCCAGUGGGUGGAGGAAAGUGGUCAGAGCAGGCCCUGGCUUACUUUUCGAUUACCACGCCAAGCUCAGCCUUCUUCGUGUAUGGCGGCUACAUCUACUUCGAUAAGCGCGGCAGAGUGGUGGCAAUGUGUGCCAUCUCCCUUGGGAAUGGCCUGGUCUUCGACCCCGGACGGUCUUGGGACCACCGCUUCUCCGGAGCACUGGAGGGCCGCUGGGUGCGCGUCACCGUGCCCUACAUCCUCGAUAAAGGAGGGCGCUACUUUGCUUGGGUAAAUGGUGGGGAAGUGCUGCAGCCUCCAUGCAAGGAAGUCCUCGGCGGCGACACCUGGCAGGCACCUCCGAACGGUUGCUUCGUGUAUCUCUUCAGUGAGUCUCCCACACUUGCUGACGAGCGGGAUGCCUACUUCGCCGUAGCCACCGAGCAGCAGCAGACCCACAAAUGCUUCGGCCGCGUUGGUGUCAGCGAAGAGGAGACCGUGAAUCAGCUCCGCCGUAUGAUGGGUGGAGAGAGGGUGAGUGAGGUCAGCAUCGGCAAGGUCCAGAAAGCCCUUCAAGAAUGGGAUGCAAAUCUUGAUGGCAGAAUCAGCGAAGAUGAGAUGACCGCGGUUUUGAAGACUCUCAAUCCCAAAAUCACGCCGGAAAGCAUGCGUCGACUUUUCUCACAAGCAGAUCUCAACAAGGAUGGCGCUAUUGAUGUGGACGAGUUUGUGAAAUGGCUUUGGCCAGCAGAUGGGGCGUGA